AUGUCUUUAGAAAAUGCGUCAGAUCUCACCCAGGAAGAAUUGGAAGAAGGACUACAAAUCAAAGUUGCUGAAGCACGAACAUGGUGCGCCAAGCUCCCCUUUGACGGUCUUGUAGAUUAUGAUGGUGAAUCUGCUGAUUUGUUCUCGUUUGUCACCAACGCCAUUGAAACAAGAGCUGCAAAAUUUGAUCCAAAGCAAUGGCCACCCACCAAAAAAGGUCUGAAAGAUUUGCUUCACCAUUUGAAAGUAAUUGGUCUCAAGCAUGGAAGCGAAUUCAUAUAUGACGUCUCAAAAGGCUGGUUGGCUUGUUAUAGAUCAAAGCCAUAUCAUGGGACAAAAUUACAAGACUCAGAGCAAUAUAAUGAAAAGGGGGUCCUUCUCCAGUACCGACACAAGUCCUACCCCCAUGAUCGCUUAAGGAAUCGUCCAGAUGGCCUAACGCAACCCCGUGCUACACAUACUUCAAAGGACACCACAGGAGACAAGCUUUGCCCCUGCCGACUGCGACUGCGUAUUCACAAGAGCAAAAAGGCAAGUGAACCAUCCUACAUCUAUGUUUCCUGUACUGGAAGCACAGUCCAUAGAUAUCAUGCAAAACCGGCGGUCGAGUUACCAAUAAAGGCACACACCCUCACAAAAGUAGCUCGACAAGCCGUCAUUGCUCAACAGAAGGCAGCAGUUACUGGUACUCAAUCUCGGAAGAUGCUUCUUGAGUUGAAGCACGGCUAUGUCUCUAUUCCCGCAUGCCCAAGAAUUCCGCAGCAGGAGGACGUGCAUUCUAUUGUACAUGCUAAAAAUGUUGCCAACUUAAGCGUGGACAAACUAGCAGAAGGGAGUUUUAUGGUAUCAAGGGAUAGGAACAGAUCGCUUUUCCUUUCUGCACAACAAUAUAAGCAACGGGCCAAGGUACUGUCCCAAUUCAGCCAAUCCAGAACAAACAAAAUUGCAGCAGCUGCCAGUGGCAACACAAACUUUGAUUUGGAAAAGAGAAGACCUGCGGUUAUACCUAUUGUAAGUCCGCCGCUAAUGGGUCGCGGUGGUCUGGCUGCAAGGCGCACAGUGAUUCAAGCCGCUGCAGCCCCAAUGAUACGGCAACAGUUUUGUCACUUCACAUCCACGUUGACUGUUGACGACCAAUUGACACGGACUGAAUUCAUUCAUGAAAGGCUAGAGGCAAUUGAAGCCAAGGCUAUCAAAGCAGCAUCCUUGAAGCUUGGUAGUGGCAGAACCAUUGCUGUAGCAGAUUCUUCCAAUGUGGAGCUCCUAAAUUCCAACGAAGAUGCCUGUUUGCCCCAGCAGAAGAAGAGCGGAACUGAUGGCAUCUGUGGUGUAAAGGAGACAAUGGCCACAAAGCAGCAAGCACCAAGAGGCUUGUACUCCAUUUCCAACGUCUCCAUUGAACAAAAAGAGAAAAAUUUGUUUGCCAGGUCACAUUAG